AUGCACAUCAAUGCCUUUUACGGUGCUUUGACAAUGAUCUUUGUGCCAGUCGACUGGGACGAGGUGGACGACUUCGAGACCGUCACCAAGAAGGUCAAGAAGGUCUCUGGCAACAAGCCCAAGCAGGUCGAGGCUCCAAAGACCGAGCACGUCACCAAGAUUGGUUACUCCACCAAGAAGCGAGGCGGCAAGCGAGGUGGUCGCAAGCCAAAGGCUGCCACCGUCCCAGCCCCAACUGGUCCGCUCCCCAAGAUCGGCUUCCACAAUAAGUAG